AGUGUUAAUUAGACAUCCCCGAACCCCUUCUUUUGCUUAAGGGUUACUGGGUUCGUUUGCCCCUUUGAAAGCAUCAUCGUUCAUUGCUUUCAAGAUCGAUUUGCACCAUCACUAUCACCACCACGAAAACAAUGAACAUCGGUGCCAUGAAAGCCUCACUCUUGAGCUCUAACACCAACAAUCUCCAUUUCUCUCUUCGGGCUGCACUCUUUCAUUCCACUCCCUUCUUGGAACGCAAACGGCGUAAUUCCUGGGAUUCUAAAUGCAACCAUUACUCGAGAAGGUUUAGGAAGAUGCAUGGAAAGCAAAGAAUAAUUCGCAGUAUGAAUGAUUAUGCAGAGUUCCUAUUUCAGAGAUGGAAGCAAGAUAUUGAUGAUGAGGAUGAUCCAUCUUCAAGUGGGGGGCCGUCAUGGUUUAGAAAGCAAUAUACCGCUGGAGCCUCUGGAAAGCACAGGAAUAACGGUCAAGGAAGUCAUCGAUACAGAAGAGAUCCAUUCUUUUGUGAAGAUGAUUUCGAUAUUGAAACCAUUUUCCGCUCUACCUUUGGUGGGAAUAGAUACCACUACUGGUCCUUCAUCAAUGAGGAAAAUCCUCAGUGGAGGAGGUCUGCACGCUUUUCUAAUUAUGAGAAAUCUUGGAGCUGGAGACAUCGGAGUGAAAGCGAUUAUGACUCUGCAUCCGAGUCUGAUAGUUUACAUUCAGAUUUAACUACAGAUAGAUUAGCCCUUGGAUUGAGUCCUUCUGGUCCUCUGAAACUUGAAGAAGUGAAAAAUGCGUAUCGCGUCUGUGCUCUAAAGUGGCAUCCAGAUCGUCAUCAAGGCUCUUCCAAGGGUAUAGCAGAGGAGAAAUUCAAGCUCUGCAGUGCAGCUUAUCAGUCUUUAUGUGAUAAGCUGGCCUUGGAUUAAGGAUGCUCCUCAUGUAUAGAAGCUUAAAUCCCUAGGACUUGAGUGGUCAACAGUGAGGCCUUUCUCCAAGAGAGCUGGUGUAUGUUUGACCAUGCUAAUUUAACACAAGGAGCUUCCUUUCACUGUAUUUCUAGUUUGUUGAUUAAUUUUAUUAGAUAAUAGUGGAAAUAAUGUGUAUACUAUUUUUACAAUUACAAAUGUAUCAUUAAUAAUAUUAACAUUUUUUUUUCUCGGAUGUAUUUAAGUUAUAUUUGUUGUACUGCAUUAAGCAGCAUAUUAUUCUCAAAAUCUCCUAAUGGUUACAUCCCUUUGUUGAUCGA